AUGCGUCUUCCACUUAGAGACGUCGUCAUUGCAAUUGGCGUCUUCUCACCAGACGACGCUGCUGUCGACGUCAAGUCGGAGCAAUCACCACUUGUCCCGGUUUCAGGGCACCACGUCUCGUCGACAAAACCUCUGGCUGAGAAAUGUGGUCCCAGCACAGCCAACAUUGUCUGCAUAAACGGCUAUUCGGCCGUCAUGCCCGGCAACUUUGAGCGUGACCGCCCGCCAGAUUCCAUAAACCCUCUUGACCAACACUCGUACGCCCAAACCAAGAUUCCUGCCGAUCCUUCCUGGGACCUUGUCAAGGACGCCGACUUCAUAGUCUACGACAAGGAGCGUGGUCUUGAAAUUCUUGGAGACGAGCCUACCUCUGAGUUUGCAUUCGAGAUUACUCCGUUAUUCCACGACGCGACAGUAUAUGAUCCUUACACGAAUGAGGUCUACUUUUCCCAGCUUUCUGGGGGUGAAAUUUCUCAAAAAGUCAUUGACUUGAGUGAGAAGAAUCCCCAGGUCAAGCGGAAGAAGGCUGAUCCAUCGCUUUACUCACCUACAGGUGGCAUCUAUCGCAAUGGGCUGUUUUAUUUCUGCGUCGGCGGCUCGAGCCCCGAUGUUCUCGGUGCUGAUGGCACCGUUGCUCGCCCAGGCAUUUAUACGCUUAAUGCCACUAGUGGCGAGUCGCAUGUCCUGCUAAACAAUUAUUUCGGCUACUACUUUAGCACUUGCAAUGACAUUGCAAUGGACGGAGAGGGUAAUAUUUGGUUCACAGACGAUGACUACUCCUUUGGCAAUGGAGUAAGUGCCUAUCACCCGGUGUUGGCUCCCGCGGUGUAUCGCUUCAAUCCAAAGACGGGUUCCGUGCGCAUCGUAGACCAGAGACUGAAGCAACCCAACGGCAUCGCCUUUUCUCCCGACUUCAAAACACUCUAUGUCGCCGAUUCAGGCGCCGAGACGGUACCCGACCAUCCCCCUGCGGUAGGACAAGUCAUUUACAACCCGUAUAAUGUGACGGAUCCUCAUGUUGUCUGGGCAUUCGACGUGAUUCACAAUGGAACAGCGCUGGGAAAUGCCCGACCAUGGCACUUGACUCACAAGUGGCUCCCCGAUGGCCUUCGUGUCGCUGACAACGGAUACGUCCUCGUUGGCGUCGGCGACGGCAUUGACGUUCUUGAUCCAACGGGAGAACUGAUACUCAAGAUUCAGACCAAGUUUACCGCUGUAGGCAACACCUGGGCUGGGAAAGGGAGCAAGGAUCUAUGGAUCACUGGUGUGGGAGGCGUGCAGAAAGUCCAUCUCAACUUGCCCGGUGGCAGGGUCAAUGGAUGGCCAGAGCAUCUUCUGCAAGAUGCCGAGGACAAUGGAGAGCUGUAG